CUAACGAAAGCUAAAUCAUAUAUUUUCCAAAAAAAAAUUCUUCUCUCUUUUUCUUUUCUUUGGUUUCUCUCGGCUUUUCCGGCGAAUCUCUCGUGCUCUCUGCAGAACGACAAUGGCUGUCGAUCUCUCCUACGCACCUCCAAGGUUGAAACAAACGUAUUGUUUGUUCAAUUGGUUUCCUUCGCACCUCCAAGGUUGAAACAAAGGUUGAGAAAGUAAUUGAAGUUGAGAAGGAAGCAGCAAGAGAGUUAUCUGAACCCCAAGCAGAGAUCAAAGCAUUGAAGUUACCUGAACGGCAGACAGAGAAGGCUGUCGAAGAGAAUCAGCAGGAGGUUAGAGAGUAAUGGGUUACAUAGGAGCACAUGGUGCAGCAGCUCUUCAUAGGUACAAGUACAGUGGAGAGGAUCACUCUUAUCUUGCCAAAUACCUUCUCGACCCUUUUUGGACUCGUUUUGUCAAAGUCUUCCCUCUAUGGAUGCCACCAAACAUGAUAAUGCUUAUGGGGUUUAUGUUUCUAGUCACAUCUUCCCUGCUAGGAUACAUAUAUUCACCUCAGUUGGAUUCUCCUACUCCACGAUGGGUGCACUUCGCACACGGUUCCCUCCUAUUCUUGUAUCAGACAUUUGAUGCGGUUGAUGGGAAGCAAGCAAGAAGAACGAACUCCUCUAGCCCCCUAGGAGAGCUUUUCGAUCAUGGUUUAAUAGCCAUGUUCGUAAACUCGCAAGGCGUUCCUCGUACGUGGACCUAGCACCAAAUGAGAAAUUUAGAGAUUUUGCGAGGAUUAAUCGGCGAUUUAUUUUCAGUUAUAUAUGGCGUAUUGGUAACAAUUCCCUCGAAGCUCUGUAGCA